AGCCUUGAUUUUUUUCCUUCCAAUCACCCCCCUCCUUCGCAUAUCUGCUUUUAUUUUAUUACAAAGUAACGCCUGUCCGCGAUGACAUUAGACGGUGAGUGUGCAGAAUGAGACAAAGCGGACACCUUUAUGGUGAACUGGCAGACAGGGUCAGCCAGGUAAUUUCAGAACUGGUUGCUGUGCGAGCUGACGGGCUUGCAAGAUUCAGUUCCUGUGCAGUACAGUAAAGCAACUUGGUUGGUCAAAGGAUUGCAAUGAAACCAGCUCAGGAGCGCAACCAGGAGAGCCUGCCUCCUAAGAAGAGGGACCUCCCUCUUAGUAACAGCGGUGGAGUUGGAGGGACAGGCGGAGGUGGAGCUGCAGGCGGUGCUGGCAAUGCUGCUGGAGGCGGCAACGGAGAAGCUGAAGUUGCUUCCAUCCAGAACUCUGGAGCCAGCAGUGAUACUCAGGGAGGGAACCCAUCUGGAGAGUGGUCACGAGCUCAUCCGGAGCAUCAUUACGGAGUGGAUAUUUCAGAGAGCAUCUCAGCCGGGCAUGUUGAUCAGUACAGUAUGAUUUACAAAGUGGCUGUUCCUUCUGUUACCUACUCAUCUACCAGUCUCCACCCAGUGUUAAGCCACAUAUCUCCAGCAUAUACUGUACACUCUCCUCUCCUGCAGCAUGCAGGCCUUCCCUAUCCUCCCCUUGGUUAUGCUCAUAUCCCUCAUCCAUCUCUCCAGUUUGUUAGUUCCCCUUAUGCAGCAGUUCCUUAUGCUGUCCCCUCCGGCUUUGUCCCUGGAUCAUUGAUAUCUCCUUCAGGCACCAUCCCUCAGCCGCAUGCCGUGUCCCACCUGGUUCCCUAUCCAUCCGUCAUACAGGAUGGUGUCGUUUCUCCACCUCCUCAAGCCCAGGCCCAUACAUUUACCAAAGUUGCAGCUCCAAGUGGUGUUCCACUGAUAAUGCCUUCAGAGCAAGCCGCCCAGCAGCACAUCGGUACUAUCGGAGUCAUACCUGCCCCCGAGAUCAGCUCCGGCCGGAUGCCAGUUUACUAUCAACACCAGGGCAGCCGGGGUGUGUCUGGCACCAGCGACUGCCACAAUCUCCAGCAGGGGAAUGAAGCAGAGAUUAAUGGCGGCGAUAAAGAGCAAGGAGUCAGGGAGGUUCUGCUAGACUCUGCCUACACUUCCAGGAAUGCACAUGUGCAACAGGUAGCAACUAGCUCUGCAGCGCAAGAGCACAGCCAAGAACGGGUCCUGCAGAACCGACGACUGGAAGGCCGAAUCUCUCCGGGUCAGCCCAGCACUCCGGACAGUGAUCUCGAGGUGCAGCAGGUUGUUGGUCGUCUAGGUACCUUGAGUCAAGGUGUUGGUGGAGUGCGGAAGGAGGUCUCAUUUGCUCCCUUGAAUCUCUCUCAGGGGGCCCAAAGAACCAGCACAGCUGUUUCUGGUAGGGCUGUGCAUGCGGCACAACCAUUGAGUUACAGCGAGCAUAAAAUGACCGGUCUUCAGCAGCAAUCAGGACAGCCAGGUCACGCUGUCAUGCUCACCAAUGGCCAGCCAGUGCUUAUUAAUCUCGACUAUCACCUGCAGCAUCAACCUCAGCUGCAGCAACACUACCCAGGACAGGCGAACGAAGCCUCGGCCACUGCCUCCAAGGCCUCAAUUAACCCAAGCUUUAAAACUUCAGAUUCUUCAGGCAGAGCGUACCUCCAUGAGAAGGUGGAGCUGACCACAGCUAAGCAGCAUCAUCUGCAGCAGCAGCCUUCUCUACAAGCAUCAGUCCACUCUACAGCAGAGGUAUCUCAGGCUUCAAGUGUUGCACCUGCAGCACCUACUGGUAACCCGUCACAUUUCAUGAAGGGGGCAAUUAUUCAGUUGGCCACAGGGGAGCUGAAGCGUGUGGAGGACCUGCAAACUCAGGAUUUUGUGCGAAGUGCAGAGGUGAGUGGAGGGCUUAAGAUUGAUUCCAGCAUGGUAAUGGACAUCCGCCCCAGCCAACAGAGACCUGGUCUCGUAUCUCUACAUUUUACCGUGGGGGAGCAGCAGAGCAAGGUGACCAUUGACGUACCCCCAGAGCACCCGUUUUUUGUGUUUGGCCAGGGUUGGUCAUCUUGCAGCCCUGAACGUACGGCACAGCUGUACGGACUGACCUGCCAUCAUCUACAGGUCGGAGACGUGUGCGUGUCCAUCACCUUGCAACAACAACAGCAGCAGCAGCUUCAACCACAACAUCACAACUCACAGCAGCAGCAGAACAUGUCAAGGACUUUAGGCAAAACCAACACAACAUCAGGACCUGGUCACCAGCUUAUGGGGCCUCCUGCACCCCAACAGUUGCGGCCUCAGGCUCAUUUUAGGAUGGACCGCACCCACAGAGAACGACAGAGGGACGGUGAGAGAGACGUGGUAGAAAAGGACGAAGCACAAUUAGCAGUUGUUGGACACUCUGAAUCCCCCAUCAGACGAGGUAGGACCUCCACAGAGCAUCCAAGGAGUCAGAGCAGUUACCACUUGCACACAGAGGGCUCUGCUUUUGCAGGCACAGGCAUGGCUGCCAUGCAAGCUGCACUCGGUGCCUCUCAGAGGCGCUGGUCCUCACCCGGCCUCCAAAGAUACAGCAUGAAGGGAGAUGAAGGGUCGCGCCCCCAUAUAAUCACCUCUGGUCACACAAGGCCUUCUUUCAUCCCCCAAGAGGUCAAACUAUCCAUUGAGGGGCGCUCUAAUGCAGGGAAGUAGCAUCACAUUUGGUAGCAACUAUAGGAGAGACUGCCAGGAGCAAGAAUGAGUCUGACAAGGAGAGAAAGAGGGAAAAAAACAGUGUGAAUGUAGCCUCAGAAUGUUUGAGAUUUUGCACACCUAAAAGUAUACAAAGACACAUGAUUUUGUUGAAGUUUUUUUGAUGUUACACAGCCACAAAAACGGAAACGUUUGGUUUCCCAGCCUGCUGAGGUCUGACAGGAAAAUGGAAAGCUAAGGAGAACGUAUGUAGCUUAUAAAUGCCUGCCAUGGUCCUUACACACUGCUUUUCUCUUCCUCCCUCCCUCCUCAGUCUCUACCUCCUUGUACCCAUACCUGGACGUUUUCACAGAAAAAAAAAAAAACACUUUGGCUUUACCCUCCGACUGAAACUCUCACUGAGAAAGUGUGGAUUACACAACAAUGUGUGUAACCUUGAAGCACAGCUACCAACUCUGAUGUUAUAAAUCAUGAUCAGGGAUCUUUAAAUGUCAACAUUCCUGAAAAUCAUUUACCCAAAAAAAAGAGUGGAGUUACUAACAUCAGCAGCUCCUGUGAUGGUGUUAAUGCUGUCAGCAGCGCACAUUACGAUGUGCUCCUCCAGCACGAUUAAAACCUCUGCUGUCAGCAGAAAUACUCCCUCUAAGUCAUUCAUUUUUGGUAAGUUAGUCUCCAAAGAAAUAUACAAGACCCUCUCUCAGGCCAAAUAUGGCAUCUCUCACUUAUCUUAGAAUCUAGUAGUGAUUAAUCAAGUAGUUCACCAAUCAAUUUCCUGUUCCUUCAUUUUGCCCCUUCUCUCUCUCUCCUCUCUAUACCUCAGAGCUUUCUCGACCAGGUUAGUGAACUUCAGUGCAAUUUAAUAUAAUUACUGCAGGAUGCACUGACUGCUCUUCACCAAAGCCAUCUAUGGGAUAAAUUGAGAGUGACAUUAAUUAGCCUUCUGCAUCACUGGCUGCAACUGCCAUAUAAACCGUUGGCCCCCGACCCCAGGGUGGGUGGGUCUUGGAGUUUGCCCUGAAAGGGAAAAGUACGAGUGUGAGUUAGGCAGUGUUGAGGGGGCUCUUUUCUAAGCUUGAGUUGGUCUUUUCUCAGUUCCUUAAAAGAAAGCAAUAGUUCUUUUCACAUACUUUGCACUGUCCCAGUAAUUUCAUUGUCUUAAGGUGCGACUUCCCACCCCCCCUUCUGACCCGUUUUAAGAGGCGAUGCACUAUUAUGGUUCUCAUUUUCACCAGAUUCUUCUGUUAGUUUAGACGACGCUUAAACAAACUUGAUGGUUUCUCGCGUUCAUUCGAGGAUCACUUGUCUCAUUAAUUUGCUAAAAUGCAUCUUUAGGAGAGGCUUGGCUCUGGAUUAAUUGUGAUUAGCAGUUUCUUCAUUUAAAACACGCUGUCGUUUUCUUAUGUUUUACAGGACGCUUUAUUCGGUGCAACAUAUGAUUGUCUCAUGUAGCACAGAUGUCGCCCAUUGUGUUCAAUUCAGACCCUCUUAAGUAGGAAUCAGUGUAACGGUAUGUGUUUUUCUUCAUGUUUGUCUUGUUAAUUGAAGGGAUUUUGUUGGAAGUAGUUUUGUGGCAAGCGAAGGAAAAAAAGAAACUGACUUAUAAUUUUAUUUUAAUUGUUUACAAAUUAGCCAAGAUGAAUGCUGCAGUUCUUUCCUUCUGACAUAUUUCUAUCUUGAAAAAUUUUAUGAAAGUGCAAUUAGGUCAUACAUAAAGUUAUUCUGAGGUUUCUAAUCAGACACCAUUCCUCAUGCAGACAUUCCCAUCAGAAAAAAGUGACACAUUAAUAGUUUCCAGUCCUUUCUUUUUAUGACUUUUGAAUAUGCGAUUUGUUUCACUUUAAAGCGUUUUUCUUUGCCCGAAAGCAUUUAGCUUUGGCUUAAAUUAAGGUAAUUUUCUCUUGCACACACAGAGCUGUUGCUUCUACUGGUCCAUACUGGCUGUCUGGUCUUUCCUUCCUGACCUUAAAGCAGUUUAAAGAAAUAGUUGCAGUACUUUAUGAUGUUAUGAGGUUCCAGAAUGCAAAAUUGGAAUAAUCGGGUUGUCUUCUAAGUGUGAGUUUUUGAAAUGAGCGAUUCAAUAAAGACAGAGAGAUUAAAGCUACACUUGAGUGUGCUUGCUGAAAUUCAGGAUGAAUUUAAAAAAAUUUAUCAAUACGUUUAUAUGUGGAAGGCAUUUCCGUACCGCCAUGAUGAACAAGGGCAAAGAUGGUUUAGUUUUUCCUACCAUCCAGCACUCAGCAGAUUUUUGUCAAAGCGUAAGCAAUAUGCAUUCAUUUUAAGUCAAUAAUUUCAUGUAGUCUUGGUGUUUUCUAUGCAGUAAUCUCAGUACAAUGUCCAGGAUUGUCUUCAGAAUAGUUACCUGAAGCAGCAGCCGCUCUGAUUGUUUGAUGCAGUCAUUUUAAAACCAUUUUGUUUUGCUGAUGUCCGGGUUUAGUGUUUUUCACUGACCCAUUUUAUAGGAAUUCAAAGCAGCAUCUUUGGUUUACCCGUUUCUUUUAUGCUUUCUGACUGCUGAGUGAAAUCUGUUUCUUCUUCCUUCUUUGAUGUCACGCAUUUAAAACCAAAUCACUCGAGACGCGCCACUCGGACUAUUUGUCCAAUCUUACUUUGUGUUUAAUGGGGCUUAUCUGGUGUAAGCCGUGCCAGACCAUCUCCCUUUUUGUUUUCAUUUGCUUUGAGUGGCAUGUGCUGUUUAAAAGUAAAAUUCUCCUUAUUAUGUCUUUAACUGAAUCAUCCACAUCACUGAUGGUCCGUUGUCGUAAGUAAUUGCACUAAAUGUCCUCCUUCAGUGUUCUGAAACGGGAUCUGUUAGUAAAUUGAAGACUUUCCUGUUGUCAAACACACAAAAUCACGGAGAAAUCGCAGGUUUUGUAUUUCUGUAGAUAGAUGUAUUUUUCCUGUGUAGAUAGCUUUGAUGAUGCUUGUUGAUAAUGCCUUAAAUUCAGCUUUGUACAAUGUGUCCAAACGAAACAAAGGAGUCGUUAUUCUGCUAGACUCGGUGUUGUCCGUUUCAGGUCGUACGAGAACGUAUCAGAAAGGUCAGGCUGGCGAAAAGAAAUUUACACACGUUGAUGUCCACGAGAGUGACAGUGAGUUCCCCUCACGGGGUUUUAUAGAACUUAUUGCCUCCUGUUUUGGUUUUUAUACCUUUCCUUGACUUUUUAAAUUGUGGAUUUUCAGUAUGUGGAAGAGAAAGGAAAAAGAAGCUUUUCUUAGCACUUUUUAUCAAGAGUGUCAGCCGCGGAGGGCAAUUUUUUCGCUCAACACAUGCAUAGACAGAUGCACAGAGCAGAUGUUUUUAUUGUUGCACAAGAUCAGUGGGUUUUUAAUGACUAGAAUCAGUGGGUUGUGAAAAGGUAUGGUGCUGCGUCCCAAAGUUUCUGGACAGCAGAGUGGAAACUGACGAGCUGCACAAGUCUGACAGCUUUCAUCAGAGGAGACCGUUUGUUUCUGACGUCCUGAGUAAGAGCUACGUCCUGGCUAUCUUACAUUAAACUGCUCAAAUGAACUUAGUAAGAUUAGGUUCUCGAUGAUGUCAAAUCAAAUCAGGAGAAUGCAAAUGGUUAAAAGUUUUAAAGAAGUCUGUAUUUUCCGAUUUGACAUGAUUUUGUUUUUCUCUGCACAAGGUGACAUUGCUUUUUGUGAUGUGAAAAUGAACAGCAACUUUUUUUUUUUAUCUCUUUGCUUUUAAAAUGCCUAAAUCUGCAAAAUAUAUGCAAUUAUGUAAAUGUAACAUUCAAUCCUCAAGUAUAAUCCAGGUUGUAUGAACUUCGUAUAGUGAGUUUUAAUAUUGUAUGACCAUACCAAUAUGUAUUGAUCUCUAUCAGAAGCCUUAGAGUUGUUGACCCAAAGUGCUCCCUUAGGAAAAAAAACCCACACCUACCUGACUUUAAAAAAGCAUUAAUAUCUAUUUUGUUGCAUUUUUAUUUGUACCCUUUUUUUUGAAUAAAAUAGAUUUGUACUGUAUAUUUGUACCUCUCUGUGAACCUCUUGGGGUGUUUUUUUUUUUUUGUUACUUGUUUUGCUGUUUUCAUUUUACGUACUUUAAGGACACAAAGAUAUUGUAUUUUUAUUGUUACAGCUAACAUGGAGACAUUGCAUUUAUCAUGUUUGUUAAGUAAACACAAUAUAAUAUAUAAAUAUAUAUACAAAUAUACAUAUAAUCCAUAAACCCAAA